UUUGUCUCUGGGGUAGUCAAGAUAAUCAGAAUACUGAUGCAAACAAUAGCAAUAAGAGUAGUAGAGCCACGGCCGAUACGAAGAAAGUUUGUCUUCAACUAUCUUGAGAAGCGGGCCUUGAAUAACUUGCUUUCUGCCCGGAUAUAUCGAACCACAUUAUUUCAUAUACGAAGUAGUAUCUGUAUCAUCUGUUGCGCAUACAAAACAUCAUCUCUAUUUCGUAUACUUUAUACAACAUACAACCACAAUGUUGGCGUGCUCGGUAAGACCGCAUUGUAUGCGGCAGUUAACGGGAAAGUUACCCCACACAAUUCACACCAAUCUCGUACUACGCACAAUAGCACUCGGGGCUAACAGGCUACAGCGCAGUAAUAUACACUCGUUGAGCUCAGAUUCGAUCAAUCAUACAUAUGGUAGUGGACUUACACACACAAACAGUGUAUGCACACACUCACAGAAGCAACUGUAUAUACCGAGACAGUAUAUUUCAUACACACCGCACCCACCCGUACGCAUAUCCUGUGCUUACCAGGGAAAGCCCAGGCGGCCAGCCGCGCGACCAUCGCCUAUAAACACCUACAACACGCCUACACAACCGCAUUUAUACACGCACUUAGAUCACAAUGAUACGAAUAUGGCUAGGUUACCAGAUAGCGGAGAGGAUGCAUUCUUUGUGCAUGAAACUGAUGAUGCACACUACAUAGGCGUAGCCGACGGUGUAGGGGGUUGGCAGGAGAUGGGGGUCGAUCCAGCAUUGUUCGCUUGGGCUCUUAUGAAUCAUACCCGAGAUGCGAUUAGAGAGGGUAUGCACCUGGAUAUACGGGAUGCAUUGAAGUAUGCGCAUGAGAAAAUUGUGGAGGACGGCUUGGUUACGCACGGGAGUAGCACUGCGUGUGUUGUUAAGGUGGAGAAAAAGACUCGUAUAAUGACUGUGUGCAACCUAGGUGAUUCUGGCCUGCAAAUAUACGAUAGAGAUGGCAAAUUAGCAGCACGGACACCGUCGCAACAGCACGGGUUCAAUUUCCCCUAUCAGUUGGCUGUGAUGCCUCCAGAUAUGCGCGAGGGUGCCAUGAUGCACACUAUGGCAGACGGAGAUCUAUUCCAGUACCAGAUGAAGGAUGAACAGGUUAUGCUACUCGCCACUGAUGGCUUGUUUGACAAUAUGUUCCCAUCGGAUAUCGAGGCCACUUUCAAAGAAGUAGGUGUAGGCAAUAUGGAUAAACUUGCCACAUCCCUAGUUAGGAAAGCUGAGUCGCUCUCGAAGGAUCAAAGGAGGCGUAGUCCGUUCACGGUCGAGGCAGAGAAGCACGGAUAUACUGACAUGCUGGGCGGCAAACCAGAUGACAUUACACUCAUUGUUCUCGCCGUUUGAUCAGUGCGUUUGUCUACAUAUAUAUUAAUCUACUCAUAGUAAAAUUAGUUGUCGAUACCUGAAGAAAGUUCAUACUGAAGCGGAUGCGACCUUCUCGAUUUUGCCAUGAACGCUCACUUCCUUCAAUAGCGCGUCGAGCAAACACUCGCACAAGCAACAUUGAUGGUAUCAAAUCCGUGCUAGCUGUUUAAUUGGAACCAGAAUUUUUUGGAUUUCUGUGUGGAUAUCUGUUUAUAAGGGUCUGAAAGGUACAUGUCGAGGUGCGUAUGAACAGAACUGUACAAUCCCAAUGCUCUAGUGCGGCAUUGUGACUAUAGCUACCAUCAUCAAUUUACCACAUAAAGGCUAUCACCAAUAAAAACAGCGCCUCC